UCGUCGAUUAGGCCUGCAGCAAGUCUGCAAGCAUUCAAGCAACACCUACACGCCAUGUAAAACCAAAGCUUGCUUACUAAGGUUUACCCAGAAAAAGAAAGGAGCUUGUCUAGGCCAGCCAAGCGUCUGAGGCGUCAUUGGUUGCCGCCCCCCUUUCUUUCUGUUCUCUUAGCAAUGUACCACAACGUUUCUGGGCACCCAACGGCAGCCACUGCCAUACUGGUAACAACCAAAUGUGCUGCAGCCGCUUCUGCUGCACAAAAGUGUAGCUCCAGGCAGGAAUGCAUGGGUUCACCACCGGCCUGCUGCUUCUGGUAGCGGCUCUCAAUUGGGGCAACAAUAUUUCGCUGGCGACUCCUUACAUUAAGGACCAUGGGUUACACUCCAAUGUGACGCUCGAGCCACAGAACUUGUCAGGUGGGAGUUCCGAAGGCGAGGAUGACGACUGGGAAGAGCAUCACGAAUGGACCUAUGCGGAGCUUGAUGACGACGAGGAGAGUGGAGAAGGUAGUUACAACAGCGCCGCCUUGUCUCGCUCACGGAACUAUAACGGAAAGCAGACUUCUGAUAACAUCGGGUCUGCGGUAGGUGCGAAUACGUCAUCAAGCGGUGGCACCAGAGCAAACAUGAACAAAGAAAAGAGAAAAGCUUUAGCGUCUAAUCAGCAGACGAGCAUCAAACGUUCCAAAGCGCAGAAGAAAACUUCGUACGCGAAGAAGACAUCGACGAAGGCCUUUGCGUACAAAGCACAAAAAUUGACGACGAAGAGCCCCAGAGCAAAUUUUGUCCACGUCGGCAACCAACACUUAGAUAGACCAGCUAAGUCUCCAAGGAAGAGCCCAAAGACCAUGAACAAAGAAAAGGGAAAAGUUUUAGCGUCUAAUCAGCAGACGAGCAUCAAACAUUCCAAACCGCAGAAGAAAACUUCAUACGCGAAAAAGACAUCGACGAAGGCGUUUGCGUCCAAAGCGCAAAAAUUGACGACGAAAAGCCCCAGAGCAAAUUUUGUCCACGUCGGCAACCAACACUUAUAUAGACCAGCUAAGUCUCCAAGGAAGAGCCCAAAGACGACUGUUUCCUUGCGCUAUAAACGUAACGAAGCACGUUAUUAUAAAUGGAGCGACCAGUCGGGCAGGAAGCUGACUACAGCCAGUGUUUUGAACAGCAGAAAGCACAAAAGCGGAAAGGAGAUCCAAGGCGAAGUAUCCAAAAAGGCCAGGAAAAAUUCAAGUUCGACGACAACCGGGAAUAAUUCCUCCUCCAAGAAAUACGCAAGAAAUAAUACUGAAGGCAGCAAAAAGAGUGUCACAGCAAACUGGAAAUCAAAGGUAGCGGGAGCAUUCACAAGCAAACGAAGCAAAAAUGUGAGGACUUAUCCAAAGGAAGCACACCACGACAGAAGCAAGAGUUCACGUUUGAUUAACUUCACUGGAAGUAGCAAUAAUGGAAGGGCAUUUGAGUCCUCUAGUUCAAACAGCACUGGCAGAAACAGAACUAAAAGUUCUAAGGUGAAACGCACAGCAGUGAAGACAUCAACAGAAGCUGUCCCAACGAAAAGAUAUCGUGGUAAAAUUGAAAACAUGUCUGCAAGAGGAGAAACGCACGCUGGGAGAAACCAUUUAGGCUCGAGGUUCACGGUAGGAAGCACGUCCACAUUGUCUGACUUCGAAAGUUUGAAAACUACUCAAAAUAACGUUUAUAAGCAAAAUCAUGUCGCGAGUUCGAAACUGGUCACAUCCAAAACUUUGAAAAGUGAUGACAAUAAAUCAAUGAAAAAGUUGGUCCCUGAAGCACCCCAGCAAGCACGAGGAAACUCGAGCUCUAAAAGCAACGCAGGCACUGCUAAUACGCAACAUGGGUCACGAAGGAAAACACGUAAGAGUGGGAACGUGUUGGUGGAUCGACCGAACGCCAAUCAAAGACUUGUAUCCUCGAACUACCAAGGCAACGACGCAAAAAGCAAGCUUAGAACAGUAGCCAAGAAAACACUCAGCAAGAGUUCAGCAGCAGCUAAUGCCUUAUUGGAGCUGAAACAGCCGCAGACCAAGCUAUCACCUCAACGUGGCACCCGGCACGCCUCUGUUUCUUCAUCGGAAGGUGGCACUCACGUUCGGAGUCGUGUAUUCGGCCCAUUGAGUGAAGGAUAUUUGUCUCGUGUUGUAGACCGCAAUGGCGGCAACGGAAGGCGAGUGGGCCACAACACAAGCGCCGGAGCUAUAACAGACAUCCGCGGAACGAGACACCGCACUUAUCUCCCUUACAACGGAAGCUCAUGGUCCGGCUUGGGCGGCGCGCUUGGGGACAACAGAUCCAAGCGCUCGUGGGACCGGUAUCUAGCGGGUUCCAGAAAACGCCGGAAAAAAGGGCGCUCCAUCUUUCGAGUGCGGAGAAUCCUCCGCAGGAGAAGGAAACGUAGAGGAAGGCGCAAAACUUUCGCACAGCCUCAAGUUGAGAUCACCAAAGCCCGUGACAAAGAACAAGCUUCAAGUCGCGACAAACUUGUUGCUGGUGCGCAGAUUAGGCCAAUCAAGACAGUAACUCCUGGACCGAGCAACCCCGUGAAACAAGUGCUCCAGGCACCGCUGCACAAUGACCGUUCUUAUGGUGGAAAGUUGUCUGCGGUCACAUCCUAUGUAAACCGAUCCAGGCUCCAAUUUCGCAAACCACCCAAAAUCACAGCACCUGCCGUACUGCCGCUAGAGCCGCCAAACAGACGUAAGCCCGAGGCUAGCGUGGCCGAAAGAAUCACUACUCCGAGGAAGUGGCUGAAAGAGUUAGGAAUACACAGUCCACAAAACGAAAACACUUACGUGUUGCGACGGAAAUACCUGCAAACCCAAAAAGUACCUUCAAAAAAAGUAACCUCCGCACAGCGCAAGAGACUUCACCUCCAAAUUUCAUCUAACGGGAGUGCUCCUGCGAUACUACCUGACAUGAACAUCGCGAAGCAACCAAGCGAUGAGGAGGGACCCAACUUAGUCCGUCGACAAAGGAAACGGCAUCGUGCACAUCGCCACCUCCGUUGUCGCAGCAGCCCCGCAGCGCAAACGGGAGAAGCUGGGAACUUUGUGGGUGGCGGUCUCAUGUGGUUCCCAGCUGCAUCAUGCGUGGCUUCUGGCUUGGAUUGGAACUCGGUGCACAGCACCGCCUGCUUGCACCAGCAGAUCGCAUUCGUGCAUCGGUACAAGAUACUUGCACCAGCCCUUCCUUCUGUAAACGAGAGCUACGCGCCAGGAUUUUGUGGUUCCUACGUUCCAUGGAGCCAUGUCACGCCUCAUCAUGUCACCGACUUACUGUAUGAUGGCAACAUCGUCUCAGGUCUUUCGCUGCACAGUUUCGGCUUCAUUAAUCCGGGAGGCUACACAUUUGAGGUGCUUCCUCACACGGAGCGGAUCAUCCUUGUGGGAGUGCCAUUUCACCGCAGGGCUCUCAGCCUAUGCAACCUGAAGCCCACGACAUUGAGCCUGCUGUUCACUGGGACGGGUUUACGAGAUGGGCAUCAAGGCAUGCACCGUUUUGGUCAGAUUUGCAGUACGCUCGAGGACUACGCAAAGAUGAACCCAAACAACCUCUACUGGGGCUUCCCCACUGUGCCUGUGAGGACAAUGUCUGUAGCCGUCCGUGUACCCGAAAGGAGUACAGAUACUACUAUCACACCCGUCUUGCCCAUAGCCUCUGAGUCGGCCGAGGCGUUCACUCAGAGAGUGUUCAUGGAACCAUUGGCUUUGUAUCCAGACGCGCCCGUCGAUUACAGCGAGGCGCACACUGAUUUUCUUGAGCCCGUCGUGUUCCUCACUAAUUCCAUCGAGCAUGAAGACGACGCUAUUGACGAAAACGUCGUUCCGCCGACAUCUGUCGAAGAAGUCGCGGCGCCCGUUGUCGAAGGUGCCGCUGAAGCCGUGGCCGUAGUUGCCGAGAAUGACGGCUUCCAUAACAUGAUUGAGACGCAGAACAGCGUCGAAGUUGUCCAUCCCAUCUUUGAUAAUGAGCAGAAUGACGUGACUGUUGGACCUGAGCUGGCGGUGGACGGGCUGUCUGCCAACGUGCCUACCGAGGACGUUUACGACGGCGCAGACGGCAAAGCCGAUUACAUCGGCUAUGAUGCAGGACUCGAUUUAGAUGACGUAGAUCCCGCGUACUAUCAAGACGUUGCUGAACCCGUAGUACACGUGACAGAACAGAUGCUAUCAUUUCCCGCCCCAUCACUGUAGUUACAUGACAGUGAAUUCCGAAUGGGUGCCCCGGACGGAGUUAUUCCCGCUGAUGGGCUCCGACAUGGUCGCGUAGUUUGUAAAAAAAGUGAAAGCUUUUUAUAAGUUCUAUGACGACCGCUGCUAUUCGGCCACAUCUAUAUCUCGCCAGAAUAUUGAUUCCAUGUAUUGCCCACUUGCACUUCUUGUGCUUUGGUAAUUAACAAGAAAAUCGGAUUCCGGCCUGCACCUUGGUAGACCAUGCUUAUGUGAUAAGUGCAAGUUUCAGCUAACCAGUCAAGGAAAAGCCAUGUUGCCUGUCUGACCUGCCUCUAUUCCUGUAAAUUUCAGGUACCGAAUUUCAUAACUACUACAAACAAGCACAAAAAUAUUUCUGAAAGUAGAGAAAUAAACAUAGCAUGCUUUGUCAAGAA